AUGUCAACGCAACACUCCGCUCUUAUUCUGCCUGCUGCUGGCGCCGCUUUCGAGGUUGGCAAACGUGACACGCCCACGGCAGGCCCUGGUCAAGUCCUCAUACGCAACAAAGCUGUGGCCCUGAACCCUGUCGACCUCUUCAUCCAGGCCACCGGCUACAUUGUCAGUAUCUUCGGUUUCCCCGCCGUCGCGGGCAUGGAUGGCGCUGGCGAGAUUGCUGUGCUCGGCGAGGGCGUGACAGGCUGGAAUGUCGGCGACAAGGUCAUCUACCAGGCGGCGUAUAUGGCAGACACCGACUCGUUCCAGGAGCUCACACUCGCGUUCGCGUCACGCAUCGCAAGGAUUCCGAGUAAUCUGUCGUACGAGAAAGCUGUCACUGUACCUCUUGGACUCGCCACGGCCGCCGUGGGUGGAUACAAGCCCAGGCUCUCUGACUUGCGCCCUGAUGGUCACGAUGUCGGCGGUGCGGGGCUCACUCCUCCCUGGGAGGCGGGAGGUCGCGGAAAGUAUGCCGGGCAGGUUGCUGUCAUUCUUGGAGGCGCUAGCUCUGUCGGCCAGUUCGCCAUCCAACUCGCGAAGCUCUCGGGAUUCAGCACCAUCAUCUCGACGGCCUCCAAGCGCAACGAGGCAUAUGUAAAGAGCGCGGGCGCGACGCACGUCAUCGACUAUCACGAUAUCCCCUAUGCUGAACUUUCCGCGGCCGUGAAGAAGAUCACGGGCGACGCGCCGAUCAAGUAUGUCUACGAUGCCGUCUCGACCGCGGAUACGCAGAAGGCUGGCUGGGACUUGGUCUCAUCUGGCGGAGUCCUGGUCGUCGUGCUUCCGCCCUCGCCCGACGUGGGAAAGCCAGGUCAGGAAGACGAGGCAGGGAGGCGCCUGGUGUGGGUCGCCAGCGUUUUGGGAGACCCAUACAACGCCGAGUUCGGGGAUGGCCUGUACGCUGUGCUCACCGAUCUUCUCGAGAAGGGCGAGAUCAAGCCUAACAACGUCGAGGUCAUUGGGCAUGGCCUUGAGGUUAUCCCUGCUGGACUCGGCAAGCUCGCAAAGGGUGUAAGCGGUGUUAAGCUGGUGGCGACUCUAUGA